AUCCGGGCCUGCCCGACGCGUAUAAAGGGCUGAAAGGGGGCAGUCUUGUCACAAAGGUCCCGGAAAGCCAAUCAAGAGAGCUUCCUUCCAUCCUCCAUCCAUAUCCGCCCCUCAAGCGACUACCAUUACCCAGUUUUCUUCGUAACCGUUGACAACACCUACGAGACAAGCCCCAGCGUACACUGGUGCAUUCAACAUGGCCCGCUUUCUCCUGCUGGCAUUGGCCGUGACCAUGCUACAAGUAUUCGCACCAGCUUUGGGACAGAGCACCCCGGCCCCACAUGACUGCAGAAUCUGUGGGAAAACGGAUUACGAGCUCAAGACGAUUGUGCAUCGCAUCCUUAGCAGGCCAGUCGUGUUCACCGGUCGGGUUGUUUCUACUAAAGACAGCAGUAACCUAAUCCAGGUCACCAGCAUCUGCAAGGGUGGUCUAGUACCAGCAUUUAGAGAUGCCAGCCGCCGCCUACACCCGACCACCCGCUGCGACAGACUGGAUGACACUGGCCUCCAAAAGCAACUGUUUGUGAGCACAGACAACAGUUACAAGUCGAAGACGGCUAAGUGCCUUGCACCGUGUGGACUGAACGUCGCCGUUGGCAAGAAAUACAUCUUCGGUGGACACUCUGCGGGGGCAUUUAAUUCUAUCAUCGUUCUAGAUGAUACGUCUCUGAUCGCUAGAUAUAACCAAUAUUCCCGGGCACUCCUGGAUGAUCUGAGCACAACUCCCAUUAACGAGUAAUGUGUUCUGGAGCUGAUCACUGACUUCACAAUGCGCUCUCGCUCUCUCUGCUAGUCCAGGCUAUUUGAACGAAAUAC